AUGAUGCCCACAGAAUUCCCGGAUACCUCUGACUAUAAUUCUACUAUUCUUGAUUAUGACUACAACAAUGAAAUCUGCAUGAAAUCCGGAGUCAGACAAUUGGCCAGCUCCUUCCUUCCUCCCCUCUACUGGCUCGUGUUUGUGGUGGGAGCUUUAGGGAAUAGUCUAGUCAUCAUUAUGUACUGGUAUUGUACAAGGGUGAAGACUAUGACUGAUGUGUUCCUGCUGAACCUGGCAUUUGCUGACCUCCUCUUCCUCCUCACCCUGCCCUUCUGGGCUAUUGAAGCUUCUGAUCAGUGGAAAUUUGGAACCAACAUGUGCAAGGUGGUCAAUGCCACAUACAAGAUGAACUUUUACAGCUGCAUGCUUUUCAUAAUGUGCAUCAGCAUCGACAGAUACAUUGUGAUUGCCCAGGCCAUGAAAGCCCAUCGCUGGAGGCAGAAGAGUCUUCUCUAUAGCAAAAUGGUGUGCUUUGCCAUCUGGGUGGUGGCGAUCACCCUGUGUAUCCCAGAAUACCUGUACAGCCAAAUAAAAACGAAAUCCAACAUCACCGUCUGUACAAUGUUCUACCCUGUAGAUGACCGUAGCAAGCUCAAGUCCAUCCUCUUGAUGCUAAAGGUUGUUCUGGGAUUCUUCCUCCCACUCAUUGUUAUGGCUAGCUGUUAUGCCAUCGUCAUCCACACCCUGCUGCAAGCCAAAAAGUCAUCUAAACACAAAGCCUUAAGAGUGACCAUCUCAGUCCUCACAGUCUUUGUCUUAUCUCAAUUUCCCUACAACAUCAUUCUAUUGGUGCAGACCAUAGAUGCGUACAACAUUAUCAUUUCAGACUGUGAGAUUUCCACCCAUAUUGACAUCUAUCUCCAGGUUACUCAGACCAUUGCAUUCUUCCACAGUUGCCUGAACCCAGUUCUUUAUGUUUUUGUGGGUAAAAAAUUCCGCCAGGAUCUUGUAAAAACCCUGAGGAAGCUGGGAUGCAUCAGUCAGGCCCAGUGGGUCUCCUUCACCAGAAGAGAAGGAAGCCUAAAGUUGUCAUCCAUGAUGCUAGAGACAACAUCUGGACCUCUCUCCUUCUAA